GAAUGCGUUUGAAUCAUCACACUUGCCCGGCUUGAGAGGGGUAAUGCCUGGUAACUGCAGAGUGCCUCUGCGGAGCAGCUCGUUCUCUCGUAAAAUCGCCUACCCCAGCCUCCACCUGGUGGGUGACUUCGUGGCGGACGCGGUUGCACCAUCUUGGCGUGAUUCCAGUGCUGCCAGCCAAGUUGGCCGAUGACGCACGCUGGUGGGAUGCAGCUGCUAUAUCAAGCCCACCAGGCCCAAACUGGCGGAACCACGCAUAGCCGUCAACAAACAGCGUCUCACUUCACUCCGCAGAAGCCCCCCUGUCUGCCUGGUAUUCUUGGGAUAUCGACACUCGCCACCGACCCGAGACAGCACUGACUCGCGAGUGUAACUUACUGCCUUUGGCUUUAUUCACUCCUGGCCAAGAUGCCUCAGUCACUCGACAUCCAGCUUCGAAACGAGUCGAAUUCGGGCGACAUUUUCGCCUAUAUUACCGGCCUUGCGCUGCAGAGGAACUCGGCCAGGGUCCUUCUCAAAUCGGAUGGCAGGGGGCUGUACUACCCAGAGAAUCCACCAAAGCUCCUGGUUCCGCUGGCGGAGGACUGUGCCAUCCCUCUGGGACCGCCGGGAAAUGUGGUGACGGUUCACAUACCCCAAAUGGCCGGUGGGCGCAUCUGGUUCAGCAGUGGCGGGAAGCUCAAGUUCCUGCUGAAUCCCAGCCCGGCCGGCGCGGCCCUGGUCGAGCCAUCGGUGCUGAACCCGUCGGAUCCGAAUGCGAACAUCGACUUUGCAUUCGCCGAGCUUACGCUCAACAACGACCAACUGUUUGCCAACAUCAGCUACGUCGAUUUUGUACCCCGUCUGCCCAUCGCCCUGGCACUUGAAGAGCCUGGCGGCGGUCUCCAGCAGGUGGCAGGCAUGGCCAGCGAUGGGCUCGAGCAGGUUUGCGCGAAACUGCGUGCCCAGGCUGAAAAGGACAAGAUGCCGUGGGACAAACUGAUAGUGCAAAAGAAGGGGCAGCCACCGCUCCGUGCUCUGAGCCCGACGCACGGGAGGGGAGUGGGUGCUAGGUUCGACGGCUACUUUGAGCCUCUCGUGGAGGAAGUGUGGCGGAAGUACCACUGCAACCAUGGCGGGUGCAGCCUCAAGAUCGACACACAGGCGGCGCCCGGGGUGCUUCCCGGCGCCAUCGAGGGGACGAACGAGCUGGUCAUCGGGGGCGAGAAGUUUGGCAAGCCGACAACGGCCGACAUACUGGGCUGCAACAGCGGGCCGUUUGCCACAGGGCCGUCCGCCAGGCGCAACGCCAUAAUCCCACGGCUUGCUGCCGCCUUUUCGCGCGGCUCCAUCGUCGACGCCGAGGAGCAUCCGUCACAUCCGUCCACCUUCUAUCAGCAAGGCCCGGCCAACCACUACUCCAGGAUAGUGCACGAGGUAACGCUGGAUGGCAAGGGGUACGGGUUUGCAUACGACGACGUCCAACCAAGCGGCGGGGAUGAUCAGUCUGGGAAGGUGAAUGCGGGCAACCCCAAAGCAUUCAUUGUUAGUGUUGGCGGGUUUGCGGCGUGACUAGCGAGGCAAGGUAGUGGUUUGGGAGUGAGUCCUAGGGACGCAGGGCAAACAAUAUCUCAUGAGCGGAGCUCCGCUUUGGUGUGUAACGUCCACCAAGAUGCAUGGUUUGAGCGUCUGCUUAGAUUGGAGAUGGAACGAAGAAUGGCGUCGUUUGCUCGCCCCGUUUGUCAGGGGCUUUUAGAAGACAUGGAGAGAAGUAUUUGGAGAUGGCAUCUGUGGAGAAAGAGCAGCUGGCUCAUAAAAACCACCCCAUAGACAUGCACUUAGCAUCUUGGGAUGCACUUGAUCAAAGCUGGGCAGGAGUUCAGCUUCCAUUUUAUCUGGCUCUAGCAGCUUCCCAUCCAUCAGACCAGGGCCUCGCAGCUUCAAAUUGAGACAAGCACUGGCGCUGGCGAGUGGGGUGGCACCUCCCUGACGGGAGGGCAAUGGGAUUUAUUGAUGGAGAUUUGAGCCCAAAUGAUGGUGGCAGGGGUCUGGCUCCAGUGGUGGCAGUGGAACAAUCCAGUCUGGUGGGAUCAAUUUGGAUUGAUUGACUGUGCCGACGACCAG